CCGGCGCCGGCGCUUCCGGGUUGGCUGCGACGGCGGCGGCGGUGGCGGCGCAGGGCCAGAAGCUGGGGCGGCGCGGGAGCGCCAGCGGCGGGCCUGGCGGAGCGGGGGCCCGGGGAGGGUGCCCGGCGCGGGUGCGCCCGCCAGGCCGUCGCGUGGGCCGGCCGCGAUCCGGACCCAGCCGGCAGCCCCGAGAGGCUUAAUCCUUCUUGGCUUCUAAAGAAAAUGGCAGAAACAUCAUCAGAGCCUUCUGCGCAGCUCGUUGUACACUCGGACACACACAGUGACACGGUCCUGGCCAGUUUCGAGGAUCAGAGGAAGAAAGGCUUUCUCUGUGACAUCACGUUAAUCGUGGAGAAUGUGCAUUUCCGGGCCCACAAGGCCUUACUCGCUGCCAGUAGUGAAUACUUCUCAAUGAUGUUUGCCGAAGAGGGGGAGAUCGGCCAGUCCAUUUACAUGCUGGAAGGCAUGGUUGCCGACACGUUUGGCAUCCUGCUGGAAUUUAUCUACACGGGUUGCCUCCAGGCCAGUGAGAAAAGUACAGAACAAAUCCUGGCUACUGCUCAGUUCUUGAAAGUCUAUGACCUGGUAAAAGCAUACGCAGACUUUCAAAAUAAUCACAGCUCCCCAAAGCCACCGACUUUGAACACGGCUAGUGCUCCAGUAGUUGUUAUUUCUAAUAAGAAAAAUGACCCCCCGAAGCGGAAACGGGGAAGACCAAGAAAAGUCAACAGUUUGCAGGAGGGAAAAUCAGAAGUGGCUGCAGAGGAAGAAAUACAGCUGAGAGUGAACAAUUCGGUUCAGAAUAGACAAAACUUUGUGGUUAAAGAGGGAGACAAUGGCGUACUGAAUGAACAGACUCCCCCAAAAGAAAUGGAAGAAUCUGAGCCUGCUUGUGCACCAGGUAGAGGAGAGGAAAUGCCCGCUGAAAAAGAUGAGAACUGUGAUCCCAAGACCCAGGAUGGGCAGGACGGCCAGAGUCGGUACAGCAAGCGAAGGAUUCGGAAGUCUGUCAAACUUAAAGAUUACAAGCUUGUUGGGGAUGAAGAUGACCAGGCAUCUGCCAAGAGGGUCUGUGGAAGGAGAAGGCGCCCUGGUGGCCCUGAGGCCCGUUGUAAAGACUGUGGCAAAGUCUUUAAGUACAAUCACUUUUUAGCAAUCCACCAGAGGAGCCACACGGGGGAGCGACCUUUCAAGUGUAACGAAUGUGGAAAAGGCUUUGCGCAGAAGCACUCCCUGCAGGUCCACAGCCGGAUGCACACAGGCGAGAGGCCGUACACCUGCACCGUGUGCGGCAAGGCCCUCACCACCAAGCACUCGCUGCUGGAGCACAUGAGCCUGCACUCAGGACAGAAGUCUUUUACCUGUGAUCAGUGUGGAAAAUAUUUCAGCCAGAAAAGACAACUAAAGAGCCAUUACCGAGUUCAUACAGGCCACUCAUUACCGGAAUGCAACCACUGCCAUCGCAAAUUCAUGGAUGUGUCGCAGCUAAAGAAACAUCUACGAACACACACAGGUGAGAAGCCAUUUACUUGUGAAAUCUGUGGCAAAUCUUUCACAGCAAAGAGUUCUCUGCAGACGCACAUCAGGAUCCAUCGAGGAGAAAAGCCAUACUCCUGUGGCAUUUGUGGCAAAUCCUUCUCUGACUCCAGUGCCAAGAGGAGACACUGCAUUCUACACACGGGCAAAAAACCUUUCUCCUGCCCUGAGUGUAACUUACAGUUUGCUCGCUUAGACAACUUGAAGGCUCACUUGAAAAUCCAUAGCAAAGAGAAACAGGUGUCAGAUGCCAGCAGUGUGUCCGGCAAUAACAACACUGAAGAGGUCAGGAAUAUUCUUCAGCUGCAGCCAUAUCAACUCUCUACCUCCGGAGAGCAGGAAAUUCAGCUGCUUGUAACCGAUUCUGUACAUAACAUCAAUUUCAUGCCUGGUCCUAGCCAAGGAAUCAGCAUCGUGGCCACAGAGAGUUCCCAGAACAUGACUGCAGACCAGGCUGCUAAUCUCACCCUGCUCACGCAACAGCCAGAACAGCUGCAGAAUUUAAUUCUUUCAGCUCAGCAGGAGCAAACAGAACACAUUCAGAGCCUCGAUAUGAUUGAAAGCCAGAUGGAACCCUCACAGAACGAGCCAGUGCACGUGAUCACACUCUCCAAGGAAACCUUGGAACAUCUUCACGCCCAUCCAGAACAAACAGGAGAGCUCCAUUUAACAAGCGCUUCAGAUCCUGCUCAGCACUUGCAGCUGACACAGGAGCCGGCUCCGCCCCCACCCACCCACCACGUGGCCCAGCCCGCCCCGCUCAGCCAGGAGCAGAGCUGACCUGAAAAGGUGUUUGACUGCUCUGUCGGUCUCUUCUCCGUAAGCCAGCCAUAACAGCCAUAUGUGGAUUGUGUGCUUGAAGUCGGGCUGUCUGAGACGCUCUCUUACAGAUCCUUACAGAGCUUUGAUAGCCAGCUGACAGUUGUGCUUUGCAUCCAGGCAGCGAGACUGUGCAUCGUGUCUUCUGUAUCUUACUGAUUUGGAUUUAGCAUUUCAAUAUUGAUGAACGGCUUUCGUUUUCACCUACUACAGCUCUUAAAGACUUGUGUAAUUUUUCUUUGGGGACAUUGGUUUAGACUUUUCUGUAAGUAUUAAAUGUUCACAGCCAUAGGUUAUGGUCUUGCUGACCUUUCCAGUUAUAUUUUUUAUGUUUUAGAACAAAGGAAGUCAUACAUUGAAUUGCGUAGAAUGGUUGGUUUUGCUUCCUUAUCUCUCUCGAAGGCAACACAGUUGCCAUUACAAGACAAGUCAGGGCUGAAUGUGACAAAUCACAACUUUAGGGAAUCUGUCCUUUUAAUAACUUCCAUUCCCCUAAGACAGAGUGACUGUCUCUCAACAGUUAAUAUUUGUGCAGUAUGAUGGGCUUAUCGUCUCCUGUUUAAGGGAGAUUCAAAGACAUAGAAACUAAAUGUCUAUUUUAACUCAAAAUUCAUAUAACAAGAAAGCCAAAAGUAUAGGAUUAUUUUUAAAAUUCUGAACUCAAUUUUUCCGAGAAACAUGGAUGUACAUAUUUUUUAAAAGCAGGUUAUUGAAAAUUUAAUUAAAAAGUUUAAUUAAAGUAUGAAAUUGGAUCAAGGUAUUCACCCCAAAUAAAUUCUGAAUUUUGUCAGCAAUAUUUAAUCUUCAUGAUGAAAUUAAAGCUUUCUCGAAUAUUCUGGAAUAUAAAAUUUUAUUCAGUGUAAUUUUUGUUAAAUAUAUUCUGCUGAAUUCUGGAAA